AUGGAAAACCUGCCGGCCGCUUCCCGCCCUCAGCUGCAGCUCCAACUGACUGAAGAGGUCAGAUCACUGAUCGAUAGGCUCGUCGACUUGGAGGCUGAGGGGGCCGCACAACGAGCGGAAAUCUCCCGCUUGCACUGCAGGGUCAGCCGGCUUGAAGCUCAGGUACACCAAGGUCACAACUGGCUUUUGCACUUAGCAGACAGGGCCACCUCCUUGGAAGAGGUUACACAGAAGCUUUCUAUCAGGCUGCGGGCCUUGGUCAGCUUGCUUCGCGAAACGCUUUCUGAGACUGUAUGGCUGCCUCUGGCUCGGGCGGUGGUGAUGCACCAGCUUGGCCUUCUAGCAGGGUGGCUACGGACAUACUCUUGGCUGAUUCAUCGCCUUUAUGCACGGAUGCUGUUGCCGAUUCAGAUGCAGAGGAAGCCUUUGAACCCAGGAGCAAGCUUCGACGCCGCUGGCUUCACCAAGCACAUUGUGCCCCGGCUCUUCGACCUUUCAGUUUUUGCCGCUGCGAUCAACCCCUCGACCCAGCUUGUCAGCUACGUCGAGGGCACCCACUUGGCCCCCAGCAUUGUACCUGUUCAGCAGUCUACACCGCAAAACUUCCCGGCGGCGAAGGCACUGCCGCACUUUCAGGACGCGUCGGCUUAUGCAGCAUAUCCUACGCUUCAGCAGACUCCUGUUCAGGCAUCAAUCUCUUUGGCGACUCCGAGACCGGUCCAGUCCUCACCGGCAGCUUUGCGAGUGCCCUCGGAACUGCACCCCCCGGCUUUGCGAGCUCCGACAGCUGGCAUGAUGACGAGCAAGGAAAAUCAUCAGGCAUGCGAUGAGCGGAACAAGGCUCUGUUCGACCAGCUUUGCAAAUCGCAUGGGGCCUACAGCUCGGUGCUCCAGCAGCUUGAAAGUAGCCGCGAGGGAGCCGUGAUUCGGUCCCGCUUGCUGAACAAGGUUAGCGACACCACAGCUGCCCGCUACCUUCGCUCUGUUCAGCUUUUCUUUUGUGCCUUUGAGGAGCGGGGCGGCAGCAUGGAGGCCAUAGAUCAGGGACUGUUCCUCGAUGCUUUCUUCGCUUUGUCUCGAGGUGCUGAUUCAGGCCCCCUUUCAAAUAGCAUCAACGUCCUCAAGGCGCUCCGGUGGUAUAAGAAACUUCUGGCAAUCGCUUGUAUGCCCGACUUGUAUGGCACCGCUUUCAGCUUGCUCUCCAACCCGGCCGGGCAGGAGAAACGCGAGAGUAUACCUCUCCCUUUGUCGUUCGUGGCUUUUCUUGAACGCAUGCUCCUGUCUGGCAAGGCAAGCUUGAUGGACAUGAUCUGGGCAGGAUCCUUCCUUGUGGCUAUUGGUGCUAGCCUCCGCUUUGCAGAUGCACAACACAUUCGCUGGAGCACGCUCUGCGUUAGCAGCUUCACUUUGAGAGGAAUCUGCUACAGGACAAAGACCACUAAAGGGGGAUGCCCAUGGGGCCUCCUCAGCUUUGGAGUCUUCUCGUCCUCCGAGGACUGGGGCAUGACAUGGCUUCCCCACUGGCUUGGGGCACUGGACACAGUAUGGUGCGAGGUUCGCUCCCGCUUUGGGCCCCAGCCGGAACCCGACUGUCUGUUUUUCCUUUGGAGCGAGACCGGCUUUGCACCCGCAUCCUACUCCCAAGCCCUGCAGAAGCUUCGCUACAUGCUUACACUCUCUGGUAUAGCACCGGCUCAGGCAGCACAAUAUACGCUUCACAGCCUCAAGACCACCUUUCUGUCUUGGAUGAGUCAGCUGUCUAUCCCACUCUCUUCCCGCUUCCUGCAGGGGCACCACAAGGCUCCAGGGUCAGCUCAACUUUACUCGCGGGACGACGUGUGGCCAGCUUUGCGUGCACAGUGGCUGCUUUGGCGUUCAAUACAUGCCGGCUUUCGUCCAGCGAGACCACAGCACAGAGGCGGACAGUCCCCGCUUGUUGAGCCACUUGUGGACACUGCAGGUUUCCAGUGGGUGGAGCACUGCCCGGACCUCUCCUGCUUUUCAGUUGGCAACGAUUGUCAGUCCUUCUUAGCCCUGGAGCAGCAGGAUGGCGACCUCCGUGACGCCCGGGAACGCGUCUCUUCACUUUCCGGAGCCAAGCUUCCACCAUGUGUUCGCGCCCGUGCCCAGGUCGACCACUUCGAGGACUCCGACGCGGACGAAUCAGGCCCGGCUCGUGCCGCUUCCAGCGCGCCCCGCGAUCCGGAGGUCGAUCCCACAUGGCAAGCUGAGUCCGGUGAGGCACCCAGCCUUUCACACAACCCGCAGCCGCUUGCUGCCCCGCCCGCUGAGGGUCUCCGCUCUAGCUGUACAGAGGUACGAUACCUCUUGGGAGCCUCUGGGGUGGCACACUCUUGCAUUUCCCACCCCGGCUCCCGCAUGACGUGUUUGGCAUGCAGGGACCCUUCUUGUUCAGUACGAUGCCACCCCGCUUGUGGUUGCAUCUCGGAAUUUUCACCUUUUGUCCAUUUUCCGCCCGACUCCCGCUUAUGCAAGCGGCGGGCUUGCAUCAUGGCCUCCCUUGAUGCAGCUUGA